AAUUCAAUGAAAAUUCUCCCGAUAGCAGAGAUCAAAAUGCCCUAAAAUUGACGAUCUCAAAGGCUCCGCCUUCGACUUCCGCCUUCGACCUCAGCCGUCUCCAAGCCUCCGCCUUCGACUUCAGCCGUCUCCAAGCCUCCGCUUUCGACCGACUUCAAGCCUCCGCCUUCAAGCUCGACCGACCAUCAACAGCGACCUCCGAAAGUUCUCCUCCUCGGUUUCUUCUAACACUAAGAGGUUCUCCGAAGCUUCAUAGAUGGCGUUGCAAGAGAGCCUCAAUAGGUUUAAGCAACAGCAAGAGAAGGUUCAGAACACGCUCACUAGCAUUGCAACACGUGCUGCCCCAAAGACAUCCAAUAGUCACAAAAAGGCUUCGACGAGCACUCUUUCAGCCCCGGCGAAACCUGCUGCACCAGUAAAAUUUUCUAGUGAUACUCAAAGGCUUACGCACAUCAAUAACAUUCGGAAGUCCCCUGUCGGUGCACAAAUAAAGCUAGUCAUCGAUCUUCUUUAUGAGACAAGGGACGCCUUUACAGCAGAAGAGAUAAACGAAAGGUGUUAUGUUGACAUAAAUGGCAACAAGGGUGUGUUUGACAGUUUAAAGAAUAACCAUAAAGUAAGCUAUGAUGGGAGGCGUUUCUCUUACAAGUCCAAACAUGACUUGAAAGGAAAAGACAGUCUUCUUACUUUGAUACGGAAAUAUCCGGAGGGCCUCCCUGUUGUUGAUGUGAAGGAUGCCUAUCCCUCUGUUAUGGAGGACUUACAGACUCUGAAGACUGCAGGCAAUGUAUGGCUACUAUCCAACAUGGACUCACAAGAGGACAUUGUAUACCCAAACGACCCGAAAGCAGUGAUCAAAGUGGACGAUGAUCUCAAACAACUAUUUCGUAGUAUCGAGCUACCGAGAGACAUGGUCGAUAUCGAGAAGGAUCUCCAGAAGAAUGGCAUGAAGCCUGCAACUAAUACUGCAAAGAGAAGGGCCAUGGCUCAAGUCCAUGGAUUGCCAGCGAAGCCCAAGAAGCAGAAGAAGCAGAAGGAGAUCACUAAGAGGACCAAGCUCACCAAUGCUCAUCUCCCCGAGCUUUUCCAGAACUUGAAUUCAUGAUUUACUAGUUUCGUGUGAAAUGAGCCAUUAACGAUCAGAUGUGUCAACUUGGUAACUAUAUCAUUUAUGCUUUUAUAUUUCUGCUCACAAUUAUUUCUUGUAGUGGUAUAGCUAGAAUAAUUGUUUUCAAAAGAUGAAUCGAUAUACGUUACAAAGUAUAUUUUAAUUUGGUGAUCUUUCUGGAAAGUAUUCUUAUAGUUGCUACUUC